GUGCGCCGACCAAGGACGGAGGCUCGAGCAGAUCCCAGCCGUACCCUAGCACGGAGACCCGAGGUGUGCAGGCCAUGGUGAUCCCUCUGGGUCCUGGCAUGGGCGGCCCGCAGACUCCGGCACCACCAGCGGAGCUCGCGAGGUUCAAGCCGAUGAUCACUGCCGUUGCUGUGGGGUACCUGGUGACGAUCAUCGUAGGGAUUUAUUCGAACUCAGCGGGGGACCUCCUGAACAACAAUGGCAUUUUUGUCUUCCUUGCAGCCGCUAGCAUGGUCAUCAACGAGCAGCAAUGCUUUCUGCAGUGCAUCUUUCCCUUUGCUCUUUUUGCGUCAACUGCCGUUGUCUUCGAUAUCAUUACCUUUGCGGGCCUGGUGUCGCAGAAUCGUACGUUGCAACACCCGGGGUUCGGUGACUUCUUUUCAGACACAUGUGAUUACACGCAAGCUGCUACACUGACUGCGGAUGUUGUUGUGAAUAACCAGACCUUCACCGCCGGAACAGAGGUGAUGUUUACCCAGAACCUGUGCAGUCAGAAAUAUUUAGUUGGUCACGUGGUCCUAGUAAUCAGUUGGUGUAUUGAUGUAUUGGCCACCGCGCUGGCAGUCUGCAUGGUCCGUGCACUGCAAGCUGCGGGGGGUGGCGGCAGCGAGAUCCUCAUGCAGGGCUUGCAGGCACCAGGCGGCGACUUCGGCGGCGGGGGCGACGACGGCGGCUAUGGCCCGCCGCCGUCGCGGGCUCCCGGCGGUGCGGGUCCCGGCCGCGCUGCCGGACAGCCAGCCGCGUUCCAAGGUGUGGGGCAGACGCUCGGCUCUUGA